GCGCGACGCUCUCCUUCGCGCCCGGGGCGGGCUUCAUGAGCGCGGCGGCGAGCGGGGCGUAGAGCACGAAAGGGGGCACCGCGAGGCGGUGGCGCUCUUUCUGAGGGAGACGGGCUGGCUCGGGGAAGGGGAAGAGGAAGGCGAUGGUCGGGUGCGAUUCGGGGGGGAGGGAAGAGGAGGAGCGCCGGGAUCCCGAGGGCGCGAGUGCGUCGGCGUCGGCGUCGGCUGCCGCUGGUGUGUCGACGGUGUGUGUGGGAGAGGGUACGGCGUCGGAGGAGAUAGAAUCCUUGGUAUCGUGUGGUGGGACGUCUGGCGAUGGUAGGUCAGCUGGGAUGUCGGAUGUCGGCCGAGGCUGGGCCUUUGUAUCAUCGGAUGGCGAUUCCAUGGUCGGCGUCGGAGGUCGCAGCGCCGUCUGGGGGGGGUAUCUCGUCAACGGUGUGUAGAGACAAGCUACGGAGGUUCGACGGUGAGGGUGGAAGAGGAAGAGUGAGCGGGAUGAAUGGAGCGGGUGUUGACGUGCAUCGGGGGAGUCAGCAGGUCGGAGGCUGGUGGAGGAGGCAGUCGGACCGCUGGAUAACGUCGGUCCUUCCCGGCAGCUGUCGUGGUAUGUUGGAGUUCUCCACUCCCAGCACACUCAGUCCUGCGAUCUCCUGCGACACUCCGCAGAUUCACAAAAUUAUCGUUAUUCUGCCGGAAGAACGUGUGAUACUGAUGGCCCAAGCCUGUGGCACUAUCUUGGCAAAUUCAACCAAGUUCUGCACCAUCACAGAAUCACAGUAA